AUGGGCGACGUCGGUCAUCUCCCGCCCGGGGGAGGCGAAACCCUCGUCGUUCGUUCCGCCGCUCCCUCCGCGCCGGGACCUCUCAUCCGCGCGUCUCUGCCUCCCCCGUCCCCGUCGACCCUCUUCCGCCUCUUUUCCUCCUGCCUCGCCUGCGCGCCCUGGCUUUCCGACGCCAUCUCCGCGACCGGUGGAGGGAAACUCCCCGCCGGCAGGAACGGCAACAAGCUGACGUGGAGGGAUCCAAUCGAUGACAUGGAGCAUUCGGAGGAGUUAGGGGCUUCGCGCGCUAUAGCAGAAAUGGCGGAGCGGGGCAAGAACGGGAUUAUCAACAAGCCCUUGAGUCAACAAGGUGGUGGCGGCGGCGGCGGCAGCGGUGGCGGCUCGCCCAGCGAUGCCGUCGCGGUCGCUGGGAUGUCGCGCGGGUGGUCGAACGACGACGUGUCGGCACUGCCGAUGGACAUGCAGCCCCGCGGUGGUGGCGGUAUCGCGGCGAGCAAGGGAACGAACGGCGUGGUGGCGGGUGCGCUGAUGAAAUCGCCGUCGGACCAGGCGCAGUGGCGAGCCGGCAGCCUGAGACACCUCUUCUCGCUCGUGACGCCCGGCAUUCUGGAGGAUUCGGAGCUGCCGCCAGGGCGCCGCGCGAUAGUGGACCACUCCAUGCGCGUGCUGCGGGAGAACGACCUGGGCGGCUACACCAUCCCCACGCAAGGCCUUUACCCCUUCCAGUGGAACUGGGACAGCGCCAUCGUGGCAGCAGGCUGGGCAGUGUUCGACGAGCCGCGUGCGUGGCAAGAGAUCGAGAUGCUCAUGUCGGGGCAGUGGAGCGACGGCAUGGUGCCGUCCAUCCUCUUCCACCGCCCCACCGACUCCUACUUCCCGGGGCCCGAGAUCUGGGGCAGCAAGGAGCGCCCCAGCCCCUCCACGGGGAUCACCCAGCCGCCUGUGGCCACGCUGUCUGUGCGGUUCUUGUAUGAGCAUGCUGUGGAUAAGGAGCUUGCUAGAGAGAAGAUGGAGCUGCUGUUUCCGAAGCUGCUGGCGUGGCACCGCUGGUGGUACAAGGCGCGUGACCCACUGGGCACGGGCGUGGUAGCGAUCCUGCACCCGUGGGAGAGCGGCAUGGACAACAGCCCUGCGUGGGACGAGGCAAUGCAGUUCCCCAUCAUCGACCUGCCGCCCUACCAGCGCCGCGACCUCACACACGUUGAUGCUGCCAUGCGCCCCGACAAGGCCACUUAUGACCGCUACCUCACACUCCUCUACACUUUCAAGAACACCAACUUCUACGACUCGUCGCAGCUGUACCACAUCUCGCCCUUCCGCGUCACGGACCUGUGCGUGAACUCCAUUCUGCUGCGCGCCAAUCGCGACCUGCGCUGGCUCGCACUCAAGCUCGGCCACGAGGACGUGGCCGCCGAGAUUGAAGGCUGGCUUGAUGCAGGCUUCCGCGGGUUCGAGACGCUGUGGGAUGAACAUGAUGGGAUCUUCAAGUGCAAGGACCAGCUCACGGGGAAGCUGCUUGAUGCCAAGACUUCCGCGGGUUUCCUCCCGCUCUUUGCAGGAGCGGCAACAAAGAAGCAGGCGGCGAAGCUGGCAGUGACGCUGAAGCGGUGGCAGGAGCAGGUGCCGUACGGUGUGCCCAGCACCGACCCCUCGGACCCGCGCUUUGAGGCGCUGCGCUACUGGCGCGGACCCGUGUGGCUCAUCAUCAACUGGAUGGUCUCAAACGGACUCAAGCACUAUGGGCUAUCAGAGCUAGCCGAGAAGGUGCGCAACAGCUCUCUGCACCUCACAUCGCAAGCCGGGCUGCACGAAUACUUUGACCCACUGACCGGAGCAGGGGCGGGUGGAGCAAACUUCUCCUGGACGGCUGCCAUGUGCCUUGCGUGGAUGGACCGCCCUGCUGCUGCGGCUAUUGGCCACCGCAUGAGUGGGCCGAAGCGGCCCUCUGAUAUGGCUUUAAAUGCCAUGGACACCUCUUCAUGA